AUUAAAACAUGGAAAGCUCUCGAUCAAUUUCAAUUACCUUCUUUGCGUACACAAUAAGCUUUUUAAUCGGAUCCAUCAAUUGUGGAGACGACAAUAACAACAACAACAAUUUAGUAACAAAUCAAUCUGCUUUGUUUGUGUUUGGAGAUUCUGUGUUCGAUGCCGGAAACAACAACUACAUCGAUACUCUUCCCAGUUUCCGGUCUAAUUACUGGCCGUACGGUCAAACCACUUUCAAGUUCCCUACUGGAAGAGUCUCCGACGGACGUUCAAUUCCUGAUUUUAUUGCGGAGUACGCAUGGUUACCGUUGAUCCCACCAUAUCUACAACCAAGUAACGGUAACAAUCAGUUUACUUAUGGAGUUAGUUUUGCUUCCGCCGGUGCCGGAGCUUUAGUCGGAACCUUUCCCGGAAUGGUGAUAGAUUUGAGAACACAGUUAAACAACUUCAAGAAAGUUGAAAAAUCGUUGAGGUCUAAGUUGGGAGAUGCAGAGGGGAAGAGGGUUAUCUCAAGAGCAGUUUAUCUGUUUCAUAUUGGAGUCAACGAUUAUCAAUAUCCAUUCUCUACAAACUCUUCCCUUUUCCAAUCCAAUCCCAAAGAAAUCUACGUAGAUUUUGUUGUCGGUAACACAACGGCCGUGAUCAAGGAAUUGUAUAAAAUUGGAGGAAGGAAGUUUGGGAUCUUGAACAUGGGAGCGUAUGAUUGUGCACCAGCUUCAUUGAUUAUAGACCAAACAAAGAUAGGAUCUUGUUUUAAGCCGGUCGCCGAGCUGAUCAAUCUGCACAACGAGAAGCUUUGGAAUAGUUUGAGGUGGCUAGAGCGUGAACUAUCCGGAUUCAAAUACGCUCUUCACGACUACCACACUUCUCUAUCCGAAAGAAUGAACAAUCCUUCGAAAUACGGGUUUAAGGAGGGGAAGAAGGCAUGUUGUGGAACCGGACCGCUGAGGGGAAUCAAUACAUGCGGAGGCCGAAUGGGAGUAUCACAAAGUUACGAGUUAUGCGAAAACGUUACAGAUUACUUGUUCUUCGAUCAUUUUCAUUUGACUGAGAAGGCACAUCGACAAAUCGCAGAGCUGAUAUGGAGCGGACCGACCAAUGUCACUGAACCAUAUAAUCUCAAAGCCUUAUUUGAACUUAAUUAAACUCAAUCACCCGUUGCAUCUUUCUUUUCAUGUUAUCUAUAUGUGUGUAAUUAAAAUUUUCUUUUCUAGUGUUUUUCUUUGGGUGUCCUAUUAUAACCAAUCCAUGUUUUAAUAUUUGUUUACAAUUUCAUACCGUUGUAUAUAAGUAUAUAAUUUUUACCGCUAUAAAAAAAACGUC